AGUCUGUGAAAUAUGACGCCCUGCUGCCGGUGUCUGUGAUUGGUCAUGUGCUGUUAACCCCGCCUCUUUAUGUGAACGCGCUCACGGCCUGGGUUAUGGAGUUGAUGACCAGCAGGUUAGUGAAGCCAGAUCGUGAACGCAGAUCCCGGGUAUGUUGGACUCGCUUUGUGGUACAGGGACCGGGUCUUCUUGGUGAGAUCCACCAGGAAUGUUCUUCACAACGAUGAAGCCCACUUAUCUCCUGGGAACUCUGUUCUUCCAGGAAAAGAUGUUCCACUUCUGGGUCAACACCUUCUUCAUCCCGGGGCCGGAGGAGAACCACGACAAACUUGAGAACGGCAGCGCGGGCACGCCGCGGGAUCCGUCCGACAGGACGCACCAGAGCUCGGGGACGACGACGACGACGACGAUGAUGAUGAUUGGAGGAGAACCCAACGACAGAGACUACCUGGUCCUCAGUCUGACCAAGAACGACCUGGACAAGGCCAACAAGGACAAGGCCAACAGGAACUUCUCACCGAAUUUCAAGGUGAAACUAUAUUUCACCAAGACGGUAGAGGAAGGAGCGAACUGUGACGCGAGCAGCACGCCGGCCUCGGUGACGCCAGACGUCAGCGACAACGAACCUGACCAUUACCGAUACUCGGACACCACGGACUCGGACCCGGAGAACGAGCCGUUCGAAGAGGACCAUCACAAUCAGAUCACGAAAGUCUGACACUCUCACACACAAACAGAUAAAUAUACACACACACAGUAUGUAUGUAUGUAUACACACUCAUGAACCCCCAAUCUGAGACUGGCGAGUUGUUAGCUAACGGGGGAAUAUAACCGACGGACCAGAACUGAUCUGUGGGGCUCAGAUCGGUAUAUAAGCUCCCCCCCUCCCAUCUUUUGCUCAGUGCACAGCUGGACAAUCACAUGACAUGGCGGUCGGAGGCGAGGAGGAGGGCGGGGGAUACGUGUGGGGGGCGGGGCGACAGACGGCGAUCGGACAGACAGGAGAUUUUAAAAAAUAAAGGAGUAAAACUUGAAAAAAAUACAAGGAAACGGAGAGUCCCCCUCUUCAGAGACCACCCGGUUGGAUGAAUCCCGUCGUGUCCGCCCAGUUUUAGUCCAUCUCUGACGGCUGCCUCUUCUCUCUGUGUGCCGGCCUCGCGUGGUUCAGCCCAAAGUUACCUUAUUUGUUGCAGAAGUCUGGCUCAUUGCAAACUUCCCGUGGAGGCCAGCAGGGCCGUGGUGUUCCUUCAGCUAAAUUAAAUCUGUGCUUAUUUAAAAUUAGGCAUUUCUUAGGCCAGGAAUCUGUUAUUGUCAGUUUUCUUCUUGACAAAGUUCAGCAGGCACUGAAACUGAAGUAGGACAUUUAUGAAAGCAGGAUAAUGAUUUCAAUAAACCAGAAUGUUUUUAACACGUCCGACCAGCAGCCUGCAGAUGUAGGAAAGAAACACUACCGCAGUCCGUGGGAUGGUUCUGGUUUUAAAAACCCUCCGGAUGAUGAAAGAGCCGGCUGGACUGGACCUUGUGGAGCUGGUCUGGUUUGUGUUCUUUUAUCUAAAAUCUUUUGUUUUGAGGGUUUAACCAGAUUAUUUUUUGUGAUCUUGACAUUGGAAACUCCCCAACCAAAGAAAUUCUGAGCCCCCCCGUCUCUUUCCGGUCCCAGCUGGACCGGCUGGGUCACUGCUGGGACGAAGCGGCGCACACAGAGAGAAGCGGCGGCCUGCUGUUUGAAUGUGACGGUGCAGAAGAGAAACUUUGAUUAUUCACUCUGUCAAUCAUCUACUGUUGAAAACACGUACAGUUCAAACCUACUGUGAACAAACACGCUAUUACUACUUUUCUGUCUGUCUACAGUUUUGCACAGAAGGAUUCUCUUCAGCCCUUCAAUCAGCUCCUACAGUCACAGAGAAGUUCUUUUUACUCUGCCGUAUAUCAAACAUUAAGCUAAGCAACAAACGAGCUGCACACAGUAUAAUCAUCCCUUCAGCCCGGUCUGUGCGCCUACGCAGGCUAACGCACCCUGACACAAACUAAAGCUGAAAUCUAUUACUCAGAGCGCUUGGUUUGAUGUGCCUGGGAUGCCAGGCGGGUGGGGUUUGCACUUUAUAAAGGACAGUUCACUGAAUAUUAAUGGCUUAGUAUGUAUUUCCUGUUAAGCUCGGUCCAUCCGUGGAAGCCAGCUGGGCUCACGUUGUGCUGGUUGUGUCGAGUUGAAAGCUAGUCCUCACCUCAGGGGUUCUCAACCUUGGUGUCAGGACCUUAGCGUGGGUUUGCGGUAGAUGUGUCCAAGUGAUGUUUGCUUGAUAGAUUCGUAGUUAAGAUAACCGUCUGGUCCAUCUGGAGCUCCCUCCGUGCUCUUGAGAACUCUUGAGUCGCAGGUAUUUUGGGAUCACCGGACAGGAGAAACCCCACCAAGGUGCCCGGGGGCCGGCCGAGCGCGGUCUCCGACGGGCAGCCCGGCGCCCGGCCGAGCAGCUUCCAGCAGGUUUCGCAACCACAGCGGGUCUCGAGAGCCUCUGUGUGUCUUUUGGUUUCUGACACUUCAAAAAGGGUGGUGCUCUCUAUAAUCACUAUUACUCUGUCCAUAGGCUAUUAAUCGUUUCUCUCACUACUACGUCUUGGAGACAUUUAAGCACUUAAAGUUGUGCAAACCGUACCUUUAACGCCAGGGACGACAGUUUGAGGAUCAGCAGGUUCGAGACUCUUCCGUCUGGCAGCUGAACGUCAGGGAUGCUCUGAUUAGAUCCUGGGUUUAAUUAGAGGAAACCAAUCCAAAGCUAAUCACCGGUUGGUUCCAGUCCUUUGGGCUCUGAACGGACGUUUGGAUGAUUGUACCUUCAUGCGUACCUUGACCCCUCACGGCUGGCCGGGAACCUGCGCGGUGCCAAUCAAGUUUUAAAAUCGCUGAAUCUAGACGCCACGAGCCAUUUGUUCUGAAUGGCAUCAGAUCGAUUGGCGCGUCUAAAGGAACAUCUGGCACCAGGUCGGCCGUGGGGGGAGGUUUUAGCCCUGAUGUCUGAUUUCCGUCCCUACGUUUGGUGCUACCACCUACCAUUGGCUCUGUGUCGGUCCUGUAGGCCCCGUCAAGAGCCUGAUCACACAGGACGCGCUCCGGAGGCUAGCAAACACCAAAUCCUCUGCUUUUAUUCUGUCAGUGCCCCCAAGGCCCACUAGCAGACAGAAAGCAUGUUAGAUCUGGGGUUAGGUUAGGAAAGGCUACUGAUGAGAACAUGUCUGGUUACAAUCAGAACAUCCCAGAUUUAUCCAAAAACGACGGGCUUUGACCUGGUUGGAGAAACAAUUGAACCAAUCAGAGCUGAUUUAUUUCAGGGAUUAAGGACGGUAACGUGCCAGAAAAAUGUUCACAAAAGUGCCGAUGAGUAUAGAUUCGACAUCCUGAUUAUCAGAUUGAACAUCUGGAUCACUCAAAACUCCUCAAAGUCAUCGGAGCCGAUAGAAAAGGAGCGCGCCGCGGAUAAAUUGGCGUCCUGUGCGAUCGCGUCUUGAGGUGCAGCUCUCCGGCUCGGUGAAAACCUUGUAGCCAGACGGAGCUUUUGAACAGCCGCUGCCGGGGGCCUGCUGUUCGUCCUGUUGGGUUUGAGGUGCUAAGCUAAGCUAGCCAGGGCUGCUGCUGAGCCUGUUACGCGUCUGUGGUGCUCUCUACCAGCCGCGAGUGUUCGUCCAGUCUCGAUCUGCGACGCCGAGCAGCUCUGCCGUCAGCGUGGCGAUCUAUCCACGGGCUCUGUUUGUGUAUUUUACAACAACAACACACUUCCUGUCUGGAGUCCUGUCAGGUGCUCUCAGGUCUGGCCUCACUUCCUGUCACCGACCCGUUCAGACACGACCGGUGUGUAGACCUGUUCUCGGGAGGGGCUUAAAACCUCGCCCAGCAGUUCACCCAGAAAACACCUGGAUCCAGUGUUCCACAGAUCUCCUGCUGGACAAACGGCCGUGCGCUGAGCGGGUUUCGGGGAUGUGAGGCCGGGCAGGUGCUGUCCACGUCUUUGACCGUUUCAGGUGCUUGAUGUAUUUUUCUUUUGACCAUUUUACACGUCGCAGAAAACACGUCCAUCGGGGUGAUUGGUAGAACUCUGCAGAAUCUAAAACUAUAGAGUGAAAGGUUUUAAACAGAAUUCCCAUUGGAUGGUCCGGGUUCCUGCUCCGAUGCAGAACGCCGGACAGAAAACAGAAAAGGACAUGUCGGGAACGUGUUGAGUGAAAUCAGCCGAGUCUGAGACAGACACGAGUUUGCGUCUGGAAUCGGGAACCUUGAGCUUGGUUUUGGCGUUUUACGCCCCACAGACACUCUGAAUGACCUUUUCACCUCCAACAAUCACAGUUACGUUAACAGAACACGUUCAGGCUCCUGGUGGUUCCUUCAGCUGGAGAGCUUUUGUUUUGUCGACGACGCUUCAGCUCUGUUUACAUCUCAUCACCAAACCUGCCAAAUGAAGCUCAGACUCUGACCCUUCGUCCUUUUGUUUGCUGGUUAGUUAGGAGCUGACGAGGGGAACGCGUUCUCUGUUCCUUCUUUUCGCCUGAAGGUGCGGUCACGUUGGCCCGCGUUCACGCUUCCGGAGUAACGGGAUGUGGCGUCGGGGUCGUCCGUGUGUUUCUACUGGCUGAACGUGCACGUUCAGAUGUGGUAGGUGACCUUUCACCUGUGAGUCGUCCGGACUUAUUGAAGUGAACGAGAACGCCGUGCGGCCGCACCUUCUACCUGAAGCCAACAACAGCUUCCUGCUCCUCAACAGCUGCUGCAGCUCAGAGUCGUGGGCAUCAGCCGCCUCCGUCGACACCUAUUUAAACUUUUCAGACCCAGUUGCAUCUAUGUUAAACGCCCAACCUGUCCAGGUCGAUUGACCGUAUGCUAAGCCCCGCCCCCUUAGUUCCUGCUGCUAACCCACUGAUCCUUCAGUCCUGAUCAGGAUUCAGAGCGACCCGCGUUCUGCCGGACUCCCUGCAGAAGCUGUUGGAGCAGAACCUCGUCGUUUGGUUCAGGUUCAGGUUUCAGCUCAGCGGUCCAGAGUUUCUGUUCAUCACAAUGAUUGUUAAUUAAAAUAAAAACAGAAAACUCGCCGUACCUACCGGUCUGUACCACCGUGAGAACAUUUCAUGUUAAAAUGCCCCCCCCCCCUCCUUUUAUUCUGUCCCUUCUUGUUUUAUAAUGAAAUAAAAACACUGUAAAGGUGAAUAAACUAUUUAUAAACAUC